UGAGGAAUCCUUACUACACAUUCAACACCAUCAGAAACAAACGCUUCCUUUCAAUCGCAUAAACUUAGCUUUUUGAUCUAUAGAAAUUGAGUGUUAUAAAUAUUUGAACUUGGUUUCUUUUUGGUAAUAGAGUUAUAGGACAUUCACCUGAAAGUUUCGUUUUUGACUGGUGAUUCGAUUCCUACGUCCUUUUUAAGUGCCGUUUUGUAACAUUUAUUUAUUAAAAAAUUUAAAGGUACAUAUAUAUAUAUACAUAAUGCCUUCUUCAGCUUUGGAGCAGUGGACUAAAGAUAAUGUCCUUAAGCUUUUACCACUUGAUGAAGAAAGUGCUGUGCUUGUGGCACAGACAGCAUUAGCAGCAGAAAAUGCUGAUGACGCGAAAACUCACUGGAUAUCUCUGUUAGGAGAAUCUCAAGAAACGAUUGAGUUUGUGAGUGAAUUUAACCGGAGGAGGUUUGCGGCAUCAUUUUCACAAAAAGACGCAAUUUCUAAAAAGCUAGAGAGCAAUAGGCCAAGCUCUUAUUCUGCAGAAACUAUGGCUUCCUCGAACAUCAGCCAACGAAAACAAACUAAUCAAGCACGUUUAUCAUCUUCUGAUGGAGACAAAAACAAAAGCACAAAAACAGACGAUGAACUAUAUAAAAUACAAAAGUUUUCCCAAAAGUCUACAGGUCCAGGCACUUUGACGUCUGACCUAAUGGGGUCUAAAAAAGCCUCUAAACCAAAAGCAGCUCCUCAGGUUAGUAAGAUUGAGGGUUUAGCAGACAUCGAAAGAGCUAUUCAUCAGGUGGAAAUUUCUCAAAGAUCUUCAAAUUCGAAUAGAAGAUCUUGCGAUUGCCAAGGCCGUAAACAUCCUCUCAAUGAAGCUGCUCCCAAUUGCCUCAAUUGCGGUAAGAUAAUAUGCAUGUUGGAAGGCAUGGGACCAUGUACAUUCUGCAAGACUCCUGUGAUCAGUAAAACGCAGCAGUUGGAACUUCUACAAGAACUUAAGAAAGCAGGGAGCGAUUUAAAACAAGCUUCAAAUCAAAAGACAAAAUCUAAGCAUAUGUCUUCCAAACAUCAGUUUCAGAAACUUAAUAACUCCUCUAUACAUUCUAUAUUCAUUGACCCAAAACAGUUGGAGCAGAAAGCUAUUGAAGCUGAACAAAGGAAAAAUGUCUUGUUAAAUUUCGAUCGUACAGCUGCUCAACGAACUAAAAUUAUUGAUGAGGCUGCUGACUUUGAUCCGACAAUGCUAGCAAGUGACACCUGGGCAUCUCCUGCUGAAAAAGCUUUAAACUUAGUCAAGGUGCAGCAGGCACUCGCUCAAAAGGAAAAGAAGAAGAAAAAGGUUCUUUCAAUUAGCUUGAGUGGUAAAAAAGUAGUAGUGGACCAGAAAGACGAAUCAUCAGAUGAAGAGAUGCCAGAUGAUGAGCAACGCAAAUUUAUGGAAACAAAAGAUAUUGAGGCUUCCACUAAACAAAAAUCCUCAAAUGUCACUCGUAUACCUAGAAAACUAGCACGUCCUGUUUUUCGUCCUCAAGAUCAACCCAAAUUUAAGAGCGGUUUACCAAAGGAAAUUGCCGAAAAAAUAAAUCGCAGUUGGUCAAAAGUACAGGACGCGGUUGAAGAAGACUGAUUACUAACUUUAUUAUUUAAUAAGAAAUGAUUUUACACGCCAUAUUUUAUUCAAUGCAGUACCUAAUCAAUAAUAUACACAA